AGGGCGGCUUUAAGAGAGAAGCAGGAAGCUGUAACCAGAAUCCAGCUGAAUUCUGAGCUGAGGCACUUUACCCUGAGGCUGCAAAUGAAACAGAUGUGCUUUCUGUGAAUUUCUGUAGUAUCUGGACUUUUUUGUACCAAAGGUGAUAAAACUUGACUUCCUGUGAUUUUUUUUUUCUUUUAUUUUGCACAUAUUUUCCAUGAAGUGAAUGAAAUGGAGAAGUUGAAGAAAUACGUGUCAGUGAAAGAUGAAGAUCAGUUUUAUCAUCAGGGAGCUGUGGAGCUGCUAGUCUUCAACUUUCUGCUCAUUCUUACAAUAUUAACAAUUUGGUUGUUCAAAAACCAUCGGUUCCGCUUUCUGCAUGAAACUGGAGGAGCUAUGCUUUAUGGUCUUGUAAUGGGAUUAAUUAUACGAUACGCAACAAAAACAUCAGAUGUUGAAAGUGGAACUGUUUAUGAAUGUGAAAAGCUGAAAUCUGGGCCAUCCACUCUACUUAUUAAUAUAACUAAUCAGGUCUAUGAAUAUCAAUACAAAAGAGAGAUCAGCUACCACAACGUCAAUGGUCACCAGGGCAAUGCAAUGCUUCAAAAGAUGACAUUUGAUCCUUCCAUCUUCUUCAAUAUUUUGCUGCCACCCAUUAUAUUUCAUGCUGGAUAUAGUUUAAAGAAGAGACAUUUUUUUCGUAACUUAGGAUCGAUUUUAACCUAUGCCUUUUUGGGAACUGCCAUCUCCUGCAUUGUCAUAGGGUUGAUAAUGUAUGGUUUUGUGAAGGCCAUGGUACACAUUGGCCAGUUAAAAGGAUGGGAAUUCCACUUCACUGACUGUUUAUUUUUUGGAUCGCUGAUGUCUGCAACAGAUCCAGUGACAGUGCUUGCUAUUUUCCACGAGCUGCACGUGGAUACAGAUCUGUACACACUCCUGUUUGGAGAGAGUGUCCUAAAUGAUGCUGUGGCUAUCGUGCUGACGUACUCUAUAUCCAUUUACAGUCCUAAGGAGAAUCCUAAUGCAUUUGAUGCUGCUGCUUUCUUCCAGUCUGUGGGAAAUUUCCUGGGGAUCUUUGCUGGAUCGUUUGCCAUGGGAUCCUCUUAUGCUGUUGUCACAGCUUUACUGACAAAAUUUACAAAACUGUGUGAGUUCCCAAUGUUGGAGACAGGACUGUUUUUCCUCCUGUCCUGGAGUGCCUUCUUAUCAGCAGAAGCUGCUGGUCUUACAGGUAUUGUUGCGGUCCUUUUCUGCGGAGUCACACAGGCCCAUUAUACCUUCAACAAUCUAUCACCAGAUUCCAAAAUGAGAACUAAACAGUUGUUCGAGUUCAUGAAUUUUUUGGCUGAGAAUGUCAUCUUCUGUUACAUGGGACUCGCGCUAUUCACGUUUCAAAAUCAUAUCUUCAAUCCUCUUUUUAUAUUUGGUGCAUUUGUGGCAGUUUUUGCAGCAAGAGCUUGCAACAUAUAUCCACUUUCUUUCAUUUUGAAUUUGGGUCGAAAACAAAAGAUUCCCAGGAACUUUCAGCAUAUGAUGAUGUUUUCAGGUUUACGUGGUGCAAUAGCGUUUGCAUUGGCUAUUCGAGAGACAGAAUCCCAGCCCAAACAAAUGAUGUUUACCACAGCACUGCUUGUUGUGUUUUUCACAGUCUGGGUGUUUGGUGGAGGCACAACACCGAUGCUCACGUGGCUUCAGAUCAGAGUUGGCGUAGAUCCAGAUGAAGAUCUGAAAGCAGUAGCUGAAAGCCAGAGUGCAUCUAACUUGGAUAAAAAUACAACCAAAGCUGAGAGCGCGUGGCUGUUCAGAAUAUGGUACGGCUUUGACCACAAAUACCUAAAACCUAUCUUAACACACGCUGGUCCACCUCUCACAACAACGUUACCUGAAUGGUGCAAUCCUGUUGCCAGGCUCUUGACCAGCCCCUCUGCAUAUGGCGAUAAACUGAAGGGUGAUGACACAGAUCAUAUCAUAAAUAACGAUGAAUUGACUGAAAACUAUGACUUGUCUGCUCACAUACCAGUGCCAGCACCGGACAGAACAGGCUCCAUCCAGGCUACAGGCAAGGAAGAUAUUCAUGAAGGAGACCUGGGAUUAGGAGGCUACAAACUCCAGCUUGAACAGCCUGCAGGUCAACCCCAGAUGAAUUCUUUGGCAUGAACAGUGUAAUGUUAAUCACAAAAAAUAAGAUUAAAACAAAUAAAUAAAAUAUACUAGCAUGUGAACAAGAGGCUAGAAAAAUAUACUAAGCACAGAAAUCAAAGAAAACUUAGAUUUUACCAACUAAAUGCCUGCACCCCCCAUGAGAAAGCUUACCAUCAUCCAUAUACCUUCAACAAUAUGCAGGUUUUCCAUUUUUAAUAAAAAGGCAUAGGGCACUGCCAGCCCACUGCAAGUCCCUGACAGUCACGUGUUGUCUCAUGGCACUUGACUGUACUGUGCCCCCCACACAGACACAGGCCUUUGAAUGUUGCUUGUAGCCUUUAGUCAGCUGGGGUGGAGAGAAACAGCUUCUAACAUAGUCGUGCUCACAUGAUAACAGCACUUUUUAUACAGCUGGUCCUGAGCAGAUACACAGAUAUCUGCUACUCCAGUAGCAACUAGUUUUAUAAGGAUGAAGCAGAAGACUUUGUCCAAACAGUGUGAUCUAAAAAUACUUAAAACAUGCAUUGCAGCACCUCAGUCUUAGUAGAUCAGCCUCCUUCAUGCUCACAGUAUAGACUUUUGCUGACAAGCAGCCCAGCAUUUGCUUUAUAAAUGCACCUUAUAACCUAGUCUGUAUAGGGCUGCACCAGGCUGCCAAACUGGCCAUGGAUAGUAGGAGACUAUGAAGUUUAUGAAAUCAACAACAGCUCCCAUUAUUGCUGCACUGAGUGGGCGUGACCACUAUUUACACAGCAGUUAUUCCACAAGGCAUUUGUCAUCACAGCUUCGCAGCACACAGAGCUUACAUGCCAGGGAAAAUUUUGUUGCUUUACAAGGUCAUUCUAAAUGUACAACUUGAUUUAAGAAGUCAACUGUUUCAUUUUUUAUCAUUCAAGGGAAGUGAGCUGUUUCUAAACAAAUAUUUCUGCAAAACAGCUAUAUCUUAAAACUGCUGCUCCAAGGAAAAGUUUGUUCAUCGCUAUUUAUGCUGGGCACUUAAUAUCAUGCUAGUUCUGAGGACAGUGGUGGUUAGAUAUUUAAAAAAACACCACACACCCACAAACAGGAGAAGAGUAGUAUCUACUGUGUCUGCAUAAAUGUACUAACCGGAUAAACAACUGGUCAACCAUAUUUACAACUCCCUGACAUAUACUAUUAUCAAGCUUCCGCAUAUAUCAGCUAAGUAGUACAAACAGAGGAAUUUUGUUGUUAGGCUUUUUGUUGUUAACAGCACAUGCCUUUUCUCAUUACAGAUGUUUAAACUAACCGCAUGAUAAUGUUCCUACUAAGAAAGUUAAACCAUAAGGGGUUUUUAAAUAAAGUCAUUCUUAAUAUACAAAGACAAUGAGCAAGAAAGAAAUUUGAAGUCUACAAGAAUUUUUAAAAUAAAUAAAUAAAAAAAUAAAUCAAGUCAUCUCCAUGAAUAAUCUAAAGCUGAAUAGGUCUUGAUUUCACCACAGAUGGAAGCUGAAAUACAAACUUAAAUAUAAUCAAGUUUUAGUUAUUCUUUUCCAGGAUAAUUGAUUUCUGGUUAAAUGUGACUCUAGAACAGCUGUUAUAAGCAUAAAAUUGAACACUGGAGUUCUAUAUACUGUUACAAGUGAUCAGAGGCUUAAACUAGCAUUUUAUUUUCCUCUAAAUGCUAAUCAAAGAACUUCAAGUGAUCUUAAUCCCCACGUGGUUUAAAACAAACAAUAUUAGGAUACAAUAAUUUCUGAGAAGAACUAAUGAAUUUCCACCUCCCCGCUUUGCCUUGUUUAGCUGCAUGAGGUGGUUAAAGAUGUGUGGCAGGUUGCAAGAAGGGAUGGAGAAUAGAUGGGGUCAGGUUUUCCAGCUCAGUACUGCACACCCUACAGCACACAGUGGGAGGCAGCAGAGGCAGGAUAGGAAGGUAGAGACACUGCAGUGAGGUGAAUGUGGCACCACAGUGAGAAGGUUUUGUCACGGAUGGGCACUAACACAGGCCUGAUUGCAGUAGCCAGAGUUUUGAUAUCAGUCUUCAGAAGUAUCGAGUGUAUGUCACCAGGCUUCCAGAUCCCAGUCCUUAGAUUACAGUGCAAAUCAAUAAACUGCUGCAGUAUUAUGAAGAUGCAAAGCUGUUUUUCACAACUGCUACAUGAACUGGAAAUGACAAGCUCUUCAACAGUUCUGCUCUUGAUUCUACUCUGAAAUGCAUCCUGCAGCAUACUCUAUGGGGUUUUUACUGAUUUAUUAUGUCUAUGUUCAACUUUCUCACGCUUGUACAAUGUGAUAAAUGGAGAGCUCUAGGGUCUGAAAUUCUGUUUAUCAACAGCAGUCUGCAGUGAAUACUCUCCACACCAAUUCUGCCUGGAUGCCUUAAAAGGACUACUUUGCUUAGCAAAAAAGUCAUUCCUUGCAACAAGAGAGUACAUCCUUCACAAAUGAGAUUUUUAUGCUGAGACUAUGAAGAGGCUGAAUACAAGAGAUCCCAGCAGGAUGGGUAUUUGUCCUCUGAGGCCACACUCAGCAACCAAAUUAUCACUGGCUUUCAGGAAAAAUCAAUAGUUUGAGUUGCAAGUUGCAAUAAAAGUGUCUAUUGUCCAUUACACUAUUCAGCCUCUCCAUUUUCUGAUUUUUAAAUAUUCUUUUCGUGAUAUUCAGAUGCAGAGUUAAAACAACAUUAGAACAGAAAUAUAUUUGUAUUCAAGGAGAAAUUAUCAGCAAAUAGUAAUUCUGCUCAACUGUUUAAACAGAGUAAUGGAUGUUGAGAGGCCUUUAAUGUUAAUUCACAGUUCACACGCUGUAGAUUUAAACUACUUAGUAUCACACAGUGUUUGACCAUGCAAGUCACUCUCACGAUAAAUGUGAAGCUUCUCUUCCCGAGUUAAUUUAAUAAAACACUGCUUGGAAAAUGAAAUGUAAGAUAUAUUGUCAGAACAUAGUAACUGCAUACUCUGUAUGAAAGCCAAAAUGUUAAGAAAGUUGGAAAUCUGCAAUAUUGCUAAACCUUUCAGGUUUCAGAAGUAAUAACUAAAAUUUCAUACUGAACUGCAAAGAUCAUUUGGCUGAGGUUGGAAGGAGCAGAAUGAAUCCUGGCUAUACAGCAGAGACAGUCUAAAAAGACACUGUACUAAAAAUAUCAGAUCACUAUGAUAACUUUCACAGAGAAGUGCAACUUUUGGUAACUUCACCAAAAGUAGGGGCGUUGGAAGCAAACACUCAUGUUGCUGUGUUCAGAGCUUGAACUUUUCCAUAGUAACAACAUUAGCACUAUCUUCAGCAAACUGAUUAACCCUGUGCAGAACUCAAGCCACUAAACUAAUUCAUUGAAGCCAUGAGAGCAGUUCACAAUCUUUGCACCUGGCAUCUUACCUCUGUGCCUUGCUGGGCUGAGGGCAGUCUUGUACUUUCCUUUUGAAAGCUGGUCUGUAUUUUGCUAUCAGCCAUCAAGUAGCGCUAUACAUUUGGGUAGACCAUAAAUGCAGUAAUAUACAUAAGUGUAUUUCAGAUGCACAUGAGCAUUAUACAUAUGCUUUCGAAAUUCUGUUUUCAGAGACUGAAUUCUUGGAAUACAAAUACUAAUUAUGGCCUUCAGAUAACAAAGAAAUUAUCCUGAAUACACACUUUAGAUAUUGGAAGCUACUACUUCUAAAGAUGUUUUUCCCCUACUUCCUUCUAUCGGAAUGGAAAAUAGCCUUUUUCAGCAUCUUAAAGCAAACUAGUUCUGAGCAUUUUAAAUAACUUAACACAAGGAAGCUCAUCUCUGGUAGUGUAAUCCCAACAGACAUGAGUUCUGCUCAGUGAACUGUAAAAGACUUGUCAACAUUUCUAUUUUAUAAACAGUCUUUCAGAACUUGAAAAUUUUCCAGUUGAUCCAAAUUUCCUAAGCAAAUAUUUGUUUCACCUUUGUCCCAAUACUAAUUUUCAGAUGACAAAAUCUCUUCCCUCCUUUAGCUCAAUUAUUGUUUUUAAGGUAGAUAUUACUGAUCAGGAGAGUUAGACAAAACACCUGAACAUGUUUUUCCUUGAAUUUGUUUGUUUGUUGUUUUGGCUUUUUUUGUUUUGGGGUUUGGUGUGGUUUUUAUUUUCUAUGUGGGGGUUUUUUGUUUGUUUGCAGAUUUUUUUUUUUUUUUUACGUCAUAAUCACAAAAUGAAGUUCAAGUUUAUAAAGAGUAGAAAAAGCCUUA